AUGGUUGUUUCACCGCAAAGUCCUGCUAGCGAAGCCCCAAGCGUGCAAGGGUCUAAAACUAAUAUGGCGUCUAAACAGAGCUCAGUAGCUGACACACGAGCAGAAUUAGCGGAGCUGGUGAAAAGAAAGGCUGAAGUCGCCGAAACCUUGGCUAAUUUAGAGCGCCAAAUUUAUGCAUUUGAAGGAUCAUACUUGGAAGAUACACAGUUAUAUGGUAACAUCAUUCGGGGAUGGGAUCGCUAUCUUACAACAAACAAAAGUACUAACUCAAAGGCAGAUAAACGUAAUAGAAAAUUUAAAGAAGCAGAAAGGCUAUUUUCGAAAUCAUCUAUAACUUCAAUGGCAGAUGCUGCCAAAGCAAAAUCAUAUAAAUGGAAGAUGAGUCUAAUUGCCCACUUGCAUGUUCUGGAUGAAAUCCUGUAG